AUUGUUAAUGAAUCACCCUGUAGAACUAUUUAGGCAUCGAAAAACACUUCAAUAUUUGAAAUUAUUUUGAAAUAUAUAGAGAAAUAAUUUAAUAACAUAUGAUGUUGAAAAGUGUUUUUGAUAUUUUAAAUAGUAAUAUCAGAAUUCUACUUUUCCAGAGGUUUGGAACACCCUCUAUACAGGGUGACAUUGAAAAAAGUACAAUGCAUUGCACUACAUGAUAGAGGAUCUCAAAACAUAUAAAACUGUACUUAUUUAACCCUCUAACUUUACCACUGGUUGGCAACCUGUAGAGGAUAUUAUGUACAAAUUGUCAGUCCACUUGAUCGCAAGUAAAAAAAAUCUAUAUUUCAUAUCAACAUUUCUUUAACACUGUAUCACGAAAACAAAAGAAAUUUAGAUAUGUGUAUCGAAACUUUUUAUAUGUUUAAGGGCCGGUUGUACAAUAGAGCUCAAAUGAGGGCUCACCGUUGAGCUUGUGAUGAACUGUCAUUUCCAGUUGUACAUACAAAGCUUUCUAUUUAAGCAAAGCUCAACUCCAUGUUAAACAGAGCUUCCGUUUGCCCUAGGCUCAGCAUUGGUUUAAAUCAAAUUCGUUAUUUUUAUCGUUUUGUAGGUUAGGUGUUAAGUUAGUUGGUGUUCAACUAACAGAAACAAAUUGAAUAAACUUGUAUUUUUUCGUAAAAACUCAACAAAAAAAAAAUGGAAGAAUUACUCGAAAUAUUAAGUGAUGAAGAAGAUUUUCUUCAACUCGUUAAUAUAAUUGCACAUCCAAGGGCACCAAAAACUUAUAGAAAUAGACAAAAUCAUUUUGAGAUAUGGAAUGAGAACGAAUUUAUAAAGAGAUUUCGACUAUCAAAGAAUGCAGUUCGAUUUAUUAUAGAAAAUAUUGAAAAUCAAAUUUCAUCACAUACAGACAGAAAUCAUGCAGUAAGUGCAGAAGAAAUGGUUCUUCUAACAUUACGUAUUCUUGCUGCAGGAGCAUUUUUACAAGUUAAUGCUGAUUUUAUAGGAGUAGACAAGUCAACAGCGAGUAGAAUUGUAGACAAAGUGUGCCGUGCAAUUGCAAGACUGAAUACAACUUUCAUUAAAAUGCCACAAACUGAAGAAGACAUGCAAAUAGCGAGCCAAAAAUUUUAUAACAAGUCGUUUUCCAAAGUGUAUCGGUGCAUUAGACUAUACGCAUGUGAAAAUUUCAUCACCCGGAGGCCAAGAACCAGAAAAUUUUAGAAACCGGAACAACUUUUUUUCUUAUAAUGUCCAAGUAAUUUGUGAUGCUAAUGGAAAAAUAAUCAACAUAGUGUGCAGAUGGCCAGGGUCUGCACAUGAUUCUACCAUUUUUAAUAAUUCAAAUGUGAGGGCAGAUUUUGAAACUAAUAGAUUCAAUGGAUAUGUGUUAGUGGGAGACAGUGGAUAUGCUGUACGACCAUAUCUUUUAACGCCUCUUCUAAAUCCUCAGUUGCCUGCAGAAAAUUUGUACAAUGAGGCACAAAUUAGAUCCCUACUGAAAGGUGUUUUGGGGUAUGGAAGCGAAGAUUUCCUAUAUUAGCGUUUGGAAUACGUCUGAAGCCAACGAAAGUGGAAGCAGUUGUAGUUGCUACAGCAGUUUUGCAUAAUAUUACACUUUUAUUUAAGGAUCCAAUGCCUCCACCUAAUGAAGAAGAACAAGUUGCAAUUGAUAUUGCAGACAAUGUUCCAAAUGAAAAUAUUAUAGAAAUUGGGGCAGUUAAUGUAAAUAACUUGAUUAGGCAUCAAUUUAUUAAUUAUUUUAAUGAAUUGAGGCAAUAGAUGAAGAUGUUAUGUUCUAUUUAAAGUAAAAAACACUAUUAAUGUAUUGUAGUUGUAAUGUAAUAAAAUAAAUAUAUACAUGUUUUAAUUCUU